AUCUCCUUCUCUCCUCCCUCCUCCUCCUCCUCCUUGCUCCUCCUCCGCCUCCGCCUCCUCGCCGAGCAAGCGCCACCGCGACGAUGAGUGGCCACGACUCCAAGUACUUCUCCACCACCAAGAAGGGCGAGAUCCCUGAGCUCAAGGAAGAGCUUAACUCUCAGUACAAGGAUAAGAAGAAGGAUGCUGUGAAGAAGGUGAUCGCCGCCAUGACUGUGGGGAAGGACGUAUCUUCGUUGUUCGCGGAUGUUGUGAACUGUAUGCAGACUGAGAAUUUGGAGCUUAAGAAGCUUGUUUAUCUUUAUCUUAUCAAUUAUGCGAAAAGCCAGCCUGAUCUUGCCAUCCUUGCUGUGAAUACGUUCGUGAAGGAUUCACAAGAUCCCAAUCCUCUAAUUCGUGCUCUGGCUGUGAGGACAAUGGGAUGCAUCCGCGUUGACAAAAUCACUGAAUAUUUAUGUGAUCCCCUUCAGAGAUGUCUCAAGGAUGAUGAUCCUUAUGUUAGAAAAACUGCUGCUAUUUGUGUUGCCAAGCUUUACGAUAUAAAUGCUGAGCUAGUGGAAGACCGAGGCUUUUUGGAGACUCUCAGGGAUUUGAUCUCUGACAAUAAUCCCAUGGUUGUGGCAAAUGCAGUUGCUGCACUUGCAGAGAUCCAAGAAAAUAAUACUGGACCUGUUUUUGAGAUCACCAGUCAUACACUUUCAAAGCUCCUGACUGCUCUGAAUGAGUGCACUGAAUGGGGUCAAGUUUUCAUUUUGGAUGCCCUAUCAAGAUACAAAGCAGCUGAUGCCCGGGAGGCUGAAAAUAUUGUGGAACGAGUCACUCCACGUCUCCAGCAUGCCAAUUGCGCUGUUGUUCUUUCUGCUGUCAAGAUGAUUCUUCUGCAAAUGGAACUUAUUACUAGUCCUGAUGUGGUUCGAAAUCUUUGCAAGAAAAUGGCACCUCCUCUUGUUACUCUUCUUUCUGCAGAACCUGAAAUACAGUAUGUUGCUUUGCGUAACAUCAAUCUAAUUGUACAAAAACGACCUACAAUCCUCGCACAUGAAAUCAAGGUUUUCUUCUGCAAGUACAAUGACCCAAUUUAUGUUAAGAUGGAGAAGCUAGAGAUUAUGAUAAAACUUGCUUCAGAUCGGAACAUUGACCAGGUUUUACUGGAGUUCAAGGAGUAUGCUACUGAAGUUGAUGUGGAUUUUGUUAGAAAGGCUGUCCGUGCUAUUGGCCGUUGUGCCAUCAAGUUGGAAAGAGCAGCAGAAAGAUGCAUUAGUGUUUUGCUUGAAUUGAUAAAAAUAAAAGUAAAUUAUGUUGUGCAAGAGGCUAUUAUUGUUAUCAAGGAUAUCUUCAGACGUUAUCCGAACACUUAUGAGUCCAUCAUUGCAACUUUAUGUGAGAGCUUGGAUACUUUAGAUGAGCCUGAAGCAAAGGCAUCAAUGAUUUGGAUAAUUGGAGAAUAUGCUGAAAGGAUCGACAAUGCUGAUGAGCUUCUUGAGAGCUUUCUGGAAAGCUUUCCAGAGGAGCCUGCACUUGUACAGCUACAAUUGCUCACCGCAACUGUCAAACUGUUUCUUAAGAAACCAACUGAAGGUCCACAGCAGAUGAUUCAGGUUGUUCUGAACAAUGCUACCGUGGAGACUGACAAUCCUGAUCUGCGUGAUCGUGCUUAUAUCUAUUGGCGUCUUCUUUCAACUGAUCCCGAGGCUGCUAAAGAUGUUGUCUUAGCCGAGAAGCCAGUAAUCAGUGAUGAUUCAAACCAACUUGAUCCUUCCCUCCUUGAUGAGCUUCUUGCGAACAUUGCUACCCUUUCUUCAGUUUAUCACAAACCUCCAGAGGCAUUUGUAAGCCGUGCAAAGUUAGCUACACCCAAACCAGAUGAUGAUGAAGAACCUGAUGCAGCUGAAGCUGGGUAUUCGGAGUCGUCACCUUCUCGUGUGGUCAAUGGUGCACCAGCUCCCUCUGGAUCAAGUCCUGUUUCACAUACCUCAACAAGCCAGGCAGCACCUGUGCCACCAACAGCAACCCCUGCAACUGCUGCUCCUGUACCAGACUUGCUUGGUGAUUUAAUAGGUUUGGAUAAUGCGAUUGUCCCAGCUGAUACAGCACCGACAACUGCACCUUCAUUGCCUCCAUUACCUGUUUUAUUACCAAAAGCAACUGGCCAAGGUCUUCAGAUCAGUGGACAACUUCUACAGCGUGAUGGCCAGAUUUUCUAUGCUUUAUUAUUUGAGAACAAUUCACAAACUGUGUUGGAUGGGUUUAUGAUACAAUUUAACAAGAAUACAUUUGGUCUGGCAGCUGCUGGAGCUCUACAGGUUCCACAAUUGGCCCCUGGAGCAUCAUGCAGUACUCUUCUGCCCAUGGUUUUAUUCCAAAACCUCUCACCUGGACCUCCAAGCUCACUUCUCCAGGUUGCAGUAAAAAAUAAUCAGCAGCCUGUCUGGUACUUCAAUGAUAAAAUUCUAUUGCAAGUACUUUUUACAGAGGAUGGUGGUCUGGACCGUCCAGAAUUCCUUGAGGCAUGGAAGACCCUUCCUGAUGCAAAUGAAAUAUCAAAGGACCUACAAAAUUCUGUCAUCCACAAUGUCGAUGCUACCACUAAACAUUUGUUAGCUCACAACAUAUUCACCGUCGCAAAGAGGAACAACGCAAACAAAGAUAUUAUCUACCUAUCUGCCAAGUUACCUCGAGGUAUUACGUUCCUGGUCGAACUAACAUCCGUGAUUGGUGUUCCCGGUGUAAAAUGUGCCGUCAAGACGUCGAAUCCUGAGAUGGCAUCACUCUUCUUUGAAACCAUGGAAUCUCUUUUGAAGUGAUGCUAAUAGUUUUCUCUUCUUUGAAUGUAUGUUCUGGUUUUGUAUUCUUGUAGUUGUUGUGCAUGCUUUGGAUUUUUUUUAAUUUUUUUUUUUAGUACCAGAGUGAGUUCUGUUUUCAUAAGAGCUUUCUUUCAUUUCUUCUUGUUUUUUUAAAGAGUUUCUCUUGCUUGAAAUCUUUAUUCAUAUUAUUUUUAAUUUACAAGUAAUUGUAUUCA